AUAUGACGCCAUUUGUAAUUGUAGCAACUGAAAAACAGCUGUGUGGAUUUUAUUUGUUGUAUUUCCAUCUGUUAUUUCAGUUCGAUUAUAAAUAAAAUAUUUUAUCAUAUUUUUCCAUCAAGCAGGUGAUGCGAUGGCGAAUACUACUGAACUAAAGAGUGACACAUUGCCAGACCUUGAUGAUCUCCUGCAGUGUCCAGUUUGCUACGAGAUCCCGGCCGGUCAGAUAUUCCAAUGCAAUGAGGGGCACCACGUGUGUGGGCGUUGCAAAGUGCGCCUCGACCAGUGCCCUGUCUGUAGGGCACUGUUUUUCGGCACUAGGAACUAUGCCAUGGAAGAACUUAUUGCCAAUGUUAGAAAACUGCAGGCCUUUAAACUGGGAGGCAAGAUGACAGUGACCUCUGUGGGCAAUGGAUCUGGCUCUGGUGGUUCAGAGAGCACAACCUCCGCUGACAACUCUGUGGCUGGAGCUCCUCUGGAUGGUAGUGUUGAAGAUGGAGACAUUGAAGACAAUAGAAUAGCGUCGCGGGCGCCGGCGGCCUGCAAGGGUCUGUUCCGGUGCCUCUGCUGCAAGGACGGCUGCGCCGAGCGGCUGCCCGCCGCGCGCCUGCUCAACCAUCUGCGCUACUUCCAUUCGCCGGACCUGCUUGAGGGCAAGUCUGACAACGGCGAAUAUGUGCAAGCUUGGCAAAUCGCUACUGUUCCGGGCAGGAUUGUUAUAGCAGUCAGAGUAUCUGAUAUGGGAGUGUUCUUCUUAGUCAUCGAAAUAAGCAAACAAUCUCUCUACGCUUGGGUUUCAAUGGCCGCUGCGCCGUUAGUGGCCCAUGACUUCUGUUACACGAUCACAAUAUCCGGCAAUGAUCGGGAGGCCAUAUUUACAGAUUGUGUUUGGUCGGUGCGAUCAUGCGAGGGGGCUCUAAAGAAGCGUGGGCGCUGCCUCGUGGUGACAGGCGGAGACGUGCGCGCGCUGACCGCGGCCGCCAACGUGAGCGGGCGCCUGGCGCUGCGGCGCGCGCCGGCCGACCAGCAGCCGGCCGCCGCGCAGCCCCGCGCCGUGCUGCGCGUGGCCAGCCGGGGCUCCGCCGCGCCCGCGCGCGCCUCCAUCGAGCCCUUCCUGCAGGACCUGCAGGACGACGUGGCGCGCCUGUCCCGCGCCUUCGCCACCCUCGGCCGCGAGGCGUCCGCCCUCGCACGCUCCGAAUCUCAGCUUCGCGCAAACGUAGCGGCGGUGCGCGCCCGCGAGACGCGUCUGCCCGCCCCCGUCGUCGAGGAGCCUCCCGCGCCGCUCAUGAUCGCCGCUGCCGACGAAAUCAACCCAGUCCUAUCCCGCAACGCUCGCCGGCGCAUGCGCUUGCGAAUGCGGGCGGCCCUUGACGCAGCCCAGUCGCCGGUGGGGCGCGCGCAGCCGGCGGAGGCGCCCCCCGCGCCCGCGCCCGCCCCCGUGCCCGCGCCCCGCGCCGUGCCGCCGCCUGCUCCAGCUCCACAUGUCAACGAAGGACCAUCCAGCGGAGCUCCACAAGCACCAUCUCAGCAACGCACUAACAAAAAGAAGCGUCGUCAGCGUAGAUAAAUUGUAAUUGAUUGCCUGCAUGAAUUGUAGAUCUUAUUUGACAAUUAUACAACAUAUUUUGGCAUGUAUUAAUGAAGUGACUCGAAGUAUAAGGUGUAAUACUUUACGUGACUAUUAGUUGAGUACUUAACUACUUACCAACUGUUUCUCUGGGGUUCUAGCCGUCGCUUAUCUACUUAUUGAGUACCUAUUGUAAAUAGUUGACCUCCUCAGGCCGCAAUGCUAAAGUGCUGUGAUAAUGUUACAUGAAAAAUAUGCAACAUAAUAAACUUGAACUAUUAUUGUAGAUACUUAAAAAGGACCACAAUAUUGACAAAAUUUACAUGGUAUCCAACCCCAGAGUGGGAUAACAAAUCGUGAUUAAGUGUUAUAAUACGUGGAAUGAUGAAUGCAUUUUAACAAUAUUAUUUGUUUAAUUAUUAUGACAUAAUUUUUACGUAUCUCAUUAUCAUAAAAUUCAUAAUGGACACUAAUAAAAUGACUUCAGUGUGAAUUGAUAAUUGUUACAUUCACUAAGAAUGUUAAAUUUGUUAUACUUAGGCUGAGUAUCGUAUUAUGAUUGCUGCUAUCAUAAGCAGAUAAGUUGUUUUUAAAUAUAUUUAGAUAGACAAUA